AUGACUACGGCGCCUUUAUACAUGGAAGUGAUGCUCCAAAAUUAUGCUUUACAGCAUGUUCAACAUCGUAUCACAAAUACGGAUUUUGACAUGGUCUUAUUAACCGAGGAAGUAUGGCGGAAGGGGGUGUGUUUUGGACACGAUGCAUGUUCAAGUGAACGAACUAAUUGGCGUAUUGCUAUAUAUAUAGUUGUCGAACCUUACCAAAAUCAACAUGAAUAUUUACAACGUCAUUUACUCUAUUUUAUAAUAAGUCGUUUGGCCUGUGAGUUAGAAACUUUCGCUCCAGGUUAUAACACAAUUUCACGUCCUUUUAUAAACUUUUUUACGUUUUUUGGACAUACGGCCAAUAUUGCUGACAAAGUUCUACUCCAGCAAUGGCGAGUUUACCAUGUGCUUUCUACUACAGAGGAAGACAAACUUUUAGACAUAAAUCCUAAUGAUGUUGCUAUGCACAUAACUGUUAAAUCUGAACCAGAUCCCUUACCUACAUCACAAAAUACUAUCUUGCCAGUAAUGCUUACAUUACAAGAUACAAUGAACUUGAUUUCUCAAAAUAUUGAGAAGAUGGGCACUGUCUUUACAUCGUUGAAUGCUGUACAAGGCCUUCCUAAUAAUCAGAUACCUGUUACCAGGAAACGCAAACAUGAUGGGAUUACUAAAUCACUAGGUCUAGGCCUACAUAAAAAGACUCGUAAUAUGAGUAUGAGUUCAUCUGAUGAAAUUGACAGCGAUGGAAGUGAAAUGAGUGUCAGUGACACUGAAGCUUUGAUGCCUCCAUGA